GCUUUGAGAGAAAAGAUUGCUUGGCUUGACAUUUCUACAAGGAAUUUGAGAAGUAAAGAUGAGAAUAAUAAUGACGUCCAGUUACUAAUGCAUAGAGAACCUGCAGACAAUAUACACGACAUACUGAAGGCUCUUCUGAGAAAGUACUUCCCGGAGAAAGAUGAGCAGACUCCAGAAGUCAUUGCCUUAAACUCAAGCUCAGAUUCCUCACUACAUGAUACUGGACUUUUGGAUGGGCACAAAGACUUGAAUAAAUCUGACUCACAUAGUGUUGUAAAGGAGGAACGUGGUGAAAUUGGCAUUACUAAGGGAGAAAGAUGUACAAGUACGACUUUGAAGUUUCAAGAAAAGAAAACAAAUGACCCCAAAACAAUUAAGCCUACAAAUACUAAUAUCAUGGAUUCCAGCCCAGAUUCUUUAAGACGUGCAGCUGACUACUAUGACAAAAAGAAAACAUCAAGCAAGAGUAAUUCAAAAAGCAGUCAGCAAUGGGAGGCCAAAGGACCAGGUCUUACUUGUGAGGAAAAUAAAACAUCAACCAUGAUGUUUAAGAAUGAAAAGCCUGCAAAUACUAAUAUCAUGUAUUCCAGCCCAGAUUCUUUGAGACUUGCAGCUGGCUACUCUGACAAGAAGAAAAUAUUAGAUUCAGAACAUGCAAGGCAGUGGGUGGCCAAAGGACAAGGUCAUGCUCCUGUGGAAAAGAAAGCAUCAACUGUGACUUUUAACAGUCAACAGCCUGCAAAUAUUGAUAUCAUGAAUUUGAGCUCAGAUUCUUUGAGACUUGCAGCCGGAUACUGCAACAAGAAGAAAACAACAUAUUCAGAAAACACCAUGCACUGGGAGCCCAAAGGACAAGGUCUUGCUCCAGACGAAAAGGAAAUGAUUCAAGAUGCAUCUAUGUUCCAUAAAGAGAAGAGUAUGCAAAAUUUAGAAGUUGAGAAAGUGCCUAUCGAGCUGGCUAACACUGUCCCUGGUGAUUGCAGUAUUGAGGAAACUGUUAUAGCAAUUAAUCUAUCAGUCUCAGAUCAACAUGCUACUAUCAAAGAUUCAAGUACAAGUAUCAGCUGCCCUGAUGAGAAUGACAUAUUGAAUUUUGCUUAUUCGGAAAGCAUUAUUGAGAAGGUGGAUAAAUACAGUUCAAUACCUAUGGCAGAUAUUACAGGUUCACUAUCGAGGCCUGGUGGAUUUGGAAGAGAUUUUGGUAAAACAGUUGAGGUACUUGCAGCUGCAUUGUUUGUAUAA